AUGGUCAUUAUCUUGUUACUCAGCUUGUGUAUUGCAACCAAAAACUAUGAAGUAUAUGGAUCAAUGCCAAAUUUAUAUAAAAGUGAAGAUUUGGCUUUGGAUGAACAUUUGAAAGCCCUCAACAAAGCUCCUAUCAAAACUAUUCACACAGAAUAUGGAAGAAUAGUUGAUUGUAUUGAUAUUAACAAACAACUAGCUUUUGACCAUCCUCAACUAAGGAAUCAUAAAAUACAGCUAAAAUCUAGUAUUCAAGAUACAAAACCUGAAGCAAUGAAACGUGAUAAAUCAACAAGAUAUUCAAAUUUUGGACUUAAUGAGAAGGAUUCAUGUCCUAAUGGAACAAUUCCAAUUCAGAGAACAACCAAAGAAGAUCUCAUUCGCGCAAAUAAUUUUGGUACCCUCGCUCAGUUUGACCGUGGAAGUCAUUUUGCAGGAUUGGUUAUGAAACAUAGAAUUUUCUUUGGAAUUGUUGGAACUAUCAAUGUAUAUAAUCCACCUGUUGGGGACGAUCAAAUGAGUUCUGCUUAUAUAUGGCUUUCCUCUGGAGUAAUUAAUAGUUCCAUGCCUAACUAUGUGGUUAUACAUGCAGGAUGGCAGGUAUAUCCAGGUAUGUCAGGAGAUAACCUAACUCAUUUUUUCAUAUCAUGGGAAAAUAGUAUCCAACACACAGGCUGCACCAAUAUGUUAUGUCCUGGUUUUGUGCAAACUAGUCAAAGCAUUUUUAUUGGCGCACCGGUUAAGAAUGUAUCUAUCUAUGGUGGAGCACAAUAUUCUAUGAGUCUUAAUCUUACACAGGAUCCAAAUACGAAAAAUUGGUGGCUAAAAGCACAAGAUAUGGAUGUUGGAUAUUUUCCAGCAGCAUUAUUUUCUAAUAAAUUGAAUUUUGCAAUGAGAGUUGGUUGGACCGGUCAUACAAAGGUUUUUGUUGGUGGGACAAGUCCUCAAAUGGGUUCUGGACACAUUCCAGAUAGAAAUCCUCGCCAUUCAAGCUAUAUUUCAAAGCUUUAUUAUAAGGAUAGAUUUAGAGAUGAUCAUAUCCCUCUUAAAGAUAGUGUUAGAGUUUAUGCUGAUAAUCCUAAUUGUUAUAAUGCCAAUUAUUAUGGUUAUGUUGAUAAUAUAUUACAACAUGCUAUGAUGUUUGGGGGACCCGGUGGAAAUUGUGGUCUUUGA